AACAACAGAAAUGUCAGCAACAGAGACUACAAGACCUGAAGAAUUACUGCAAGGAAAUGAGUGUGAUGUUCCUCUGUCUGUGCCACAUGACAGCUCCAUGUUCACAGUGUCUGCACCUGCUUAUUCUCCUGAGGUCCAGAACCAAACAGCAACAAGCUAUCCUGAGAUUAGCUUGGGCAGUUUAAUUCCUGAAAGUGAAAGCCGUCAACAAAAUCCAGAUGAGCAAGAUUUUAAAGUGGUUUCAGAUAAACCAUUGGAAUCUGGGAUGGAAGACGUGGAUGAAUCUGAAACUGCUCUGAGUGAAGAAGUCGAAGAUGCCACUCACUCAGAGGAAACUGUCAGUAAAAUGCAUGAAGAUGAGGUUGAAACAACACAAAUACAAGAUGUGCUGCAGAAUGAUUUCUCAUCUGAAAAUGUGAUUGAUGAUGCCACAGAAAACUCCUUAAUGACUUCUGAAGACUUAGACCAAACUGAAAAUAGCAACACAUACCAGUUUCAAGUGAUGGUGCAGAGUCCUGAUGAAUCUGUAACCAAAGUUGAAGUUUCAACUCCUGAUGACAAACAAGCUGAGCAUCACUUUGUGACUCGGGAAAAUGAGGAGGAUAUUGGCGCAGACAGCAAAGACAGUGGAGUGUCUCUACAAUCUACAACCUCAUUGGCAACUCCACCUUUUGAAUCCCAACUUCAGGACAAUACUGUGAGCACAGAUAAGCAAACCCAUGCUGUCACCGAAUCCAGGGGACAUAGAAGAAAAAUGGGAUCCACUCGUAGAAAUAAAGGAAGACAGCAUGAUAAGGAAAUUAAAGAUGAAGAUGCAAUUGGUGAUGAAACCCCUGAAACAACAGAAAUGUCAGCAACAGAGACUACAAGACCUGAAGAAUUACUGCAAGGAAAUGAGUGUGAUGUUCCUCUGUCUGUGCCACAUGACAGCUCCAUGUUUACAGUGUCUGCACCUGCUUAUUUUCCUGAGGUCCAGAACCAAACAGCAACAAGCUAUCCUGAGAUUAGCUUGGGCAGUUUAAUUCCUGAAAGUGAAAGCCGUCAACAAAAUCCAGAUGAGCAAGAUUUUAAAGUGGUUUCAGAUAAACCAUUGGAAUCUGGGAUGGAAGAAGUGGAUGAGUCUGAAACUGCUCUGAGUGAAGAAGUUGAAGAUGCCACUCACUCAGAGGAAACUGUCAGUAAAAUGCAUGAAGAUGAGGUUGAAACAACACAAACACAAGAAGUGCUGCAGAAUGAUUUCUCAUCUGAAAAUGUGAUUGAUGAUGCCACAGAAAACUCCUUAAUGACUUCUGAAGACUUAGACCAAACUGAAAAUAACAACACAUACCAGUUUCAAGUGAUGGUGCAGAGUCCUGAUGAAUCUGUAACCAAAGUUGCAGUUUCAACUCCUGAUGACAAACAAGCUGAGCAUCACUUUGUGAUCCAGGAAGAUGAGGAGGAUAUUGGCGCAGACAGCAAAGACAGUGGAGUGUCUCUACAAUCUCCAACCUCAUUGGCAACUCCACCUUUUGAGUCCCAACUUCAGGACAAUACUGUGAGCACAGAUAAGCAAACCCAUGCUGUCACCGAAUCCAGGGGACAUAGAAGAAAAAUGGGAUCCACUCGUAGAAAUAAAGGAAGACAGCGUGAUAAGGAAAUUAAAGAUGAAGAUGCAAUUGGUGAUGAAACCCCUGAAACAACAGAAAUGUCAGCAACAGAGACUACAAGACCUGAAGAAUUACUGCAAGGAAAUGAGUGUGAUGUUCCUCUGUCUGUGCCACAUGACAGCUCCAUGUUUACAGUGUCUGCACCUGCUUAUUCUCCUGACAUCAAAAGCCCAACUGCAAAGAGCCAUUCUGAGAUUAGCCUGGACAGAUUAAUUCCUGAAAGUGAAAACCUUAACGAAGAUAAAAAUCAGACAACCUUUACUUUGAUUUCAGAUAAACCAUUGGAAUCUGUAAUGGAAGAAGUGGAUGAAUCUGAAAGUGGGCUGAUUGAAGAAGUCAAAGAUCCUCAUCACCCUGAUGGCAAACAAGCUGAACAGCACUUUGUGACUCAGGAAAUCAAGGAAGGUGAUUCUCCACACACUAGGGACAGUGGAGUCUCUCUACAAACUCAACUCUCAUUAGCAACUCCACCUUUUGAGUCCCAACUUCAGGACAAUACUGUGAGCACAGAUAGGCAAUCCCAUGCUGUUACUGAAACCAGGGGACAUAGAAGAAAAAUGGGAUCCACUCGUAGAAAUAAAGGUAGACAGCGUGAUAAGGAAUUUAAAGAGGAAGAUGAAAUUGGUGAUGAAACCCCUGAAACAACAGAAAUACCAGCAACAGAGGCUAAAAGACCUGAAGAAUUACUGCAAGGACAUGAGUGUGAUGUUCCUCUGUCUGUGCCACAUGACAGCUCCAUGUUUACAGUGUCUGCACCUGCUUAUUCUCCUGAUGUCCAGAGGCCAACUGGAACAAGCUAUUCUGAGAUUAGCCUGGACAGUUUCAUUUCUAAAAGUGAGAAUCUUAAGGAAGAUAAAAGUCAGACAACCUUUACCGUGAUUUUAAAUAAACCAUUGGAAUCUGUAAUGGAAGAAGUGAUUAAAUUUGAAACUGCUCUGACUGAAGAAGUCAAAAAUCCUCAUCACCCUGAUGGCAAACAAGCUGUACAUCACUUUGUGACUCAGGAAAACAAUGAAGGUGAUGGCUCAGACAGCAAAGACAGUGGAUUCUCUCUUCAAGCUCCACCCUCAUUUUCAAACCAUUCCUUUGAAAACCAAUUUCAGGACAAUACUAUGAACACUAGUGAGCAAAUGCACAAUGUCUUUGAUAGGGGGAGCAGGAGAAAAAUGGGAUCCAGCCGUCGAAAUAAAGGCAGAAAUCGUGAUAAGGAAUUUAAAGAUGAAGAUACAGUUGGAGAUGAAAUCCCUGAAAGAGCAGAAAUGUUAGCAACUGAAACUACAAGACCUGAAGAAUUACUGCAAGAAAACAAGCAUGAUAUUUCUCUGUCUGUGCCAUAUAGUGAAAAUUCCCUGAAAAAUCAAAAUGACAGAGAUACUAAAUUGAUAUAUGAUAAACCAGUGCAGGCUACGAUGGAAGAAGUGAAAAAAGAUCAGGACACAGAACCUUUAGCACAGGAUGGAAAUUUACCCAGCAAUAUUUUGUUAAGUGGAACAACAGAGUGUACCAUUACAGUUGAGAUCACAACUGAAAAAACUGGCCCAAGAGAAAGCACUGAAGUUGAAUGCAGUGCUGCACGAGAAACAUUUUUAGCAUCACAAGAUGUGUUGACUACAAAUAGGGAACAACACGAGCAUUGCAACCCAACUGAGGCAUUAAUGCAUCAAACUGACUACAGCUCAAAUACAGAGAGUCACCAAACACCCUUAUCUGAAACAAAUAUCUCUUUGGACUUCCAACAUCAGGAUAAUUCUGAGAACAGUAUAGAAAUUCACACAGGCCUCAGCCGUACAGGCAAUAGAAAGAAAAUGGGUUCAAGCCGAAGAAAUAAAGGAAGACAGUGUGUCAAUGAUCCUGAUGCAUACCAGGAACCUAAAGAUGACAUUUUAGGUUCCAGAACAGUUAAAAUGUCACCAGCAACAGAUAUAACAAAGGAGGAAGAAGCAAAAGACCUCAUAUCCGUUGAAAAAGAAAUGCAGAUUAGCUCAACUGCAAAAGAGGGCAAAAAUAAAGAAAAGCUGUUUGAGGAAGAUGCAUCUUUCUUACAGAAUAAUAUGGAUAGCAAUACAGAUGUCAAUGAGGAAAAUACAGUUGUUCAAGAGGCUAUGAAUUUAGAUCAGCUUACAGGAUGUGACACAAUUACAAAGCACCUGAUGCAAUCACCACAAGCCUCAGUUUGUGAAGUUCCCUCAGACGUGCAGCAUAUCUCAUAUCAUGGUGGCAUCGAAAGCUCUAGCUCUCUGAAGGUGCUUGAUGAAGAAGAAGCAUUUGAGGCAAUGGAUGCAAGCAACAGCCAGCAAGAACAAACGCAAUCAGGUAACAGAAAUAAUUUGCAAAUAAAUCCAAAACAGAAGAAGAGAAAGAUAGGUUCUACUCGCAGGAGUCAACUCAACAGAAAAAAAGAGGAAGAAACAGACAACACAGAUGAAACCAAGGAAAGUGACUUUUACACCGAAGCUGACGUGAGGAAUAUUGACAAGCUGGACGUGGGAGAGUUACCGUUAACUACAGACAUACCACAAAAUGAAACUGCACAACCGUUAUUCUUUGCUGUUCAUAAACAACAGGAAGCUGAUGAAACCUUUUCUGAACCAAGCAGUACAGAGAUCAAUGUGAUACCAGUAGUAGAAGAUUUUAAGGCCCCUCUUUCUGAACAGUCUUCCUCUCUCCGUGAAGAAAUCAUCACUCUGGUUACAUGCGUUAACACAGGUGAUGUAAGAGAAGUUAUUGUGGAGCCGCCACAGCUAGACGAUUUUACAAACACUGAGACUCGAAUAACCACUGUGGUCGCGGGUAGAAGCAGACGCUCCAUAAAUCAGUUGCUGCCCCCAAAUGCCGAGGCUGUGACAGACACUGGCAUAGCAGAAGAGAGCUUAGUGUCUUCUAGUGAGGCCAGGCAGAAUACACAUAGCAAUGAGGAAAGGCCAGAGAGCAUAACAGUAGUACAAGAUCAAGAUGCUAAUGUGAAAAAUCCAAGUGACUUGAAUGAAGGAGCUCAUAAUAAAACUCAAGAGAUGAGGAGUGAAAGUCCAAAUUUAAAUUUGAGCAACCGGAGAAGAAAGAUGGGCUCAACCCGCAGGAAUCUUGGAUCCAGAAACAAAGAAGAGCUGCAUCAAAAACAGGAGGUGGAUAAUAAAGCGAAAGAGACUGGAACAGACAUCGGGGAAACUGAAUGUGUCCCCAGAAUCAAAGAAGAAGCGCUUCAGCUUCACACAGAUCACAAAGACAUUGAUGGUGAACAAGGAAAACAGAAAGUAUUUGAAACAGUGGAAAUCAGCCGUCCGGGUCAGUCUAAAUUCAAGCAUCUCCCUGAGCAAACAGUUGAAGAGAGGCCUGUUUCCCAAGACCAGUUAGCAGAAACAGAGCAUCACACUGCAAAUGACCUCCUGUCUACAUCCUCCAAAGAUGAUGUGGUAUCAGAAUCAGCAUCUGGAGGGAGGAGAAGAAAAUUGGGAUCUAACCGAAAGUCCCGUGGACAUCAGCGUAUAGAAGACCAAACAGGAGAGAGCACAAUAAUAGAUGAUCAAAGUGGGACAGAUGCCAACAUUUCAGAGGUUGGAAAAAGUGAUAAGAACCCAUCAUCGGGACUCUCAAAGAGUGAAGAGCACUCAAAGACUGUGAGUGAGAAGACUUCAGCUCAACCCUGUAAUGCUGGAAUCUUUCUUGGUAAAGAGAAUCAAACACUUUCUUUGGUCAAUAAUCCAGGAUUGGCAGACCCCAAAUCAAAGCGCUACAAUGUGGUGAUGAUUGGAGACAGCAGUGUGGGAAAGACCUCCUUCAUGAAAAGAGCUCAAAGUGGGAAGUUUUCUUUAGAUAUACCUGCCUCAAUCGGCCUGGAUUCGCUGAUGUGGCCUGUUGUAGUAGAUGGAAAGCCUAUGAUACUACAGCUAUGGGACACAGCAGGUCAAGAAAGGUUUCACAGUAUCACCAAACAGGUCUUCCACAAAGCCCAGGCCUUUCUCUUGAUGUAUGACAUCACCUCCACUAAUAGUUUUUCUGCAGUCAGUUACUGGGCGAACUGUAUUCAGGAGUCUGCUGCUGAAAACGUGACUGUUUUACUUCUUGGAAACAAGAGCGACUGUUCAGAACGACGGGUUAAAACUCAUCAGGGGGAAAUUCUUGCAAAGGAAUAUGACUUUGAGUUUAUGGAGUGCAGUGCUGCCACAGGUGAAAACGUAAUCCAGUCUUUGGAAGUUGUAGCCAGGAAGCUGAGUCAAAGAAUUGACUCAAGAGAAGAAGCCACAGUGUUGCACAAAGAGCCAGAACAGAAAAAAAGCUCAAGAUGUUGCUGAACAAAUGUGUUUGUCUUUAAAAAAAAAAGAAAAGAAAGAAAGAAAGAAACAGACAAGUGGUGAAAUCCUGCAAACAAGAACACGGUGUACUGGUCUGGCUUUCUUCUAACUCAAUGAAUUAUAUUAUAUUACUUGUAUUACGUGUCUGCAUAUUUUCAGUCUCGUUAUAUUUAGAUAUAAAAUUAUUUCUUCAAAGGCCUUAUAUUAGAAUAUUAGUUUAUAGUUAGUAGUGACCAAAAUUAUAUAGUUAAAAAGUGAAGGCGUUUUCAGUGUUUACUACCCAAUAAUUUAAUGCAUAUACAAGCUUAGUAGAUUUAAGUAUAUUUGCACAGUGUGUGUUUUAUCUGCAAUAUUUUUUUGUGCAAUAUUGUGCAACUUCAAAUAAUUUCAAAUCACAUGAUUGACAUGAUUUUCCCCAUGAAGCUGUAAUAACUAAACUCACAAGUUUAAGCUUUUAGUUUCAAUUUCACAGUUCAUAUCUGUUGUUGUACAUCUACUAAAUAUUUAGUCUACACUCUCUUCACUUUAUAGAUUUACUAUACUGAAAUUUAUUGUAAAUGUGUAUAUAGUUUGAUUAAUUUAAACAGGCAAAUACUCCCUUCAGAUAUUUCCAGAGAUCAAGAGAACAUAUGAUGGAGAGCAAUUCUAGUACAGUGGUAAAUAAUUAUUAUAUUAAAUAUAUAUUAAACAUAAUUAUACUCGCUUUAUUGUGAUUUUGUUUACCUUUUCUUCCAAGUUAAGUUGGCAUUCAUUUUAAUUUCAGUCAUCACAACUGUCAGGUCUGACACAUAAUUAUGAAUAAACAUUACUCCCCUAUAAUUAUAGCGCCAGCGACAUGAUCAACAGUUAUAUAUGUUAAGGUAUUUUUAUGUUUUAUGUUUGUGACCAAGUACCUUUAAACCAAUUGUUUUAAUGGCGUGUCUCAUGAUUAAUAAAUCUCCAGAUAAACAAUG